AAACAACAUCACCGACUAGGGAUUAAAAUCAAGAAAAAGCAGAAUAUUUUAAAUUAAUUAAAUUCUGCAGUUUAGAGCCUGUAUUAAGCAGUUUUGGAUAGUGAAAAAGAAGUUUAAUUAAUGAAAGUGCAUAAAGAAACGUAGAAAAAUGGUGUUUUUGAGGUGUAAAGUAAUUUAUUGAAAUUUGCAUAAAUAUUGCAUAUUAAUCAUAAAAUUAAGCUAUGCCUGCUGAUCUUAACUCCUUAACAGAAGGUUGGCUUGAAUUGGAAAGUGAUCCAGGACUAUUUACACUUCUUCUUGAGGAUUUUGGAGUGAAUGGUGUACAAGUGGAAGAGAUCUAUGACUUAAAGAAGCCAAUUGAGGGUCCAGUCUAUGGAUUCAUAUUUCUCUUUCGAUGGAUUGAAGAGAGAAGAGCUCGUCGGAAGCUAGCAGAAUCAAUAGAUAUUUAUCAAAAGGAUGAAAACAUUGUUAAUAGUAUAUUUUUUGCACAUCAGAUUGUGCCCAAUAGUUGUGCAACACAUGCUCUAUUAUCCAUAUUACUCAAUUGCUCAAACAUUGAUUUGGGCUCAACAUUAACUCGACUUAAAAAUCACACAAAAGAUAUGACGCCUGAGAAUAAAGGAUAUGCGAUUGGUAAUACGCCAGAACUAGCAUUUGCACACAAUUCUCAUGCUAUGCCACAAGCGAGGAGGCGACAUGAACGAAUUGCAGGCGUUACAACAAGUUCCAGAAUUGGAAUUCCAACAAGUAGUCGAGUUGCAUGUAUCGAGGCUUUUCACUUUAUAAGUUUUGUUCCAAUCAAUGGUCACUUAUUUGAACUUGACGGUCUUAAACCUUAUCCUAUGGAUCACGGAACAUGGGAUUCAAACGAGGACUGGACAGACAAAUUCCGACGAGUCAUUACGAAUCGGAUAGAAAUUUCAAAUGGUGAACAAGAUAUUAGAUUUAAUUUAAUGGCUGUUGUGCCCGAUCGACGAAUCUGUAUUUCACAUAAAUUGAAAAUUUUACGUCGAAAUAAGGAGAUUGUUGAGGAGGCAUUAGAAAAAUUAGUCAAUGGUACAAAUGUAGAUAUGUUGAAAGAAGAUCAUUCUUCACAUAAUCCCAGCGAGAAUAAUAUCAAUCCUAACGAAAACCACAAUGAUGUAGAACCCAAAAACGACAUCAAAACGCAGUUCACGACGGCAGCAACAUUAUCUUCAACACCUUCCACAACAAUAUCCAACCUUAAUUUAUCAUCCAAUAAUUUUAGUGAGGAACUAGCGAAUCUAGCAUCAUUAACUAAUAAUUCAAGUGACAAUAUACUAGAAAAUUCAUCAUCGUAUCUUACAACAGCUACAUCUUCAGUAAUAGCAUCGAUAACAUGUGAUAAUCCCUUAAAUUCAACUGGUGAUCUCGCCACGGAUCUGUCAUUGACCGGUCCAUCAUCGGUCGAUUCAGCAGUUGGUGGAGAGUGCAAUGGAAGUAACAUAGAAUCGCAUGCGAUAAAUAAUCAAAAUGAGGAGCAGAAUUAUAUAAAUUGUAAUGCAAUUGUCUCGAAUGAUACUCAUCAGCCAGCCUCGUCAGCAUCAUCGACAUCAUCUAGUGGCAAUUUAUCUACAUCACCGUCCCAACAAAAUGAUUUUGAAUCUACAGCAUUUUCCCAGAGCUAUUUGUGUACAUUACUGGCGAAUCUAGAGAAUGAAAUAUCCAUAACUCAGCAGCAUCUUGACGAUGAGAACGACAAGAGACACAAGUAUAAGGUUGACGAUUGCAGACGGACACACAACUACGAUGAGUUCAUCACAACAUUCUUAACAAUGCUCGCGCAAGAAGGUGCCUUAGGUGAAUUAGUUCAACAGCAUUUGCGGGCUAAAGGAAAGCUAGGAGCACUUCGGUUAAAUAAAUUAAAAUUGCCAAUGAAGAAAGGAGCAAAUGGCACAACAAAUAGUUCAACCACAAAUGGCACAACGGCAAAUGAGCGAUCGCCAAAAUCAGUGAAACGCAGGCGUUCUGGAAAAGGCGGCAACAGAAAGAAAGCAAGGAAAAAGAAAUAGAAUUGUUGGCUUCGUGUGUGAAACGUUAUCAUUUAAGUUUAUGUAAAUAAUAUCCAUCAUCACAUUAUUAAUUUAUCAUUAUUCCUUAAUUUCUCAAUUUCCUGGAAGAAAGAAAGAGUUUCAAACAAUAGAUGCCAUUUUUAUGUAUGAGAAGGAAGUAAAUUACAGAAACCCAGUAAUUUUUUCAUACGUACACUUACUUUUUCCCCAAUUCUAACGUUAAUUAAUGCGUGGAUCUCAUAAAAAAGGAGCAAUUCCUUUUUAUUUUAAUUUACUGACGUUUUUUACUUGUCUUAUUAUAGCUGCACAGCUGUAUUUCUCUUCCGACUUUGUUUUUCAUACCUUACUUUGUUUAUCACAUUCUCAUAUGAUGCAACCUAAAUAAUGAAAACCCU